AUGGAUGCAAGAGGUUUUGCCAUCGAGCAGCUGGACGUCACGUCCAGCUAUCAACGUUGUGCGAUGGGUGAAAUUGCCGUAACAACUGAGAAGGACGUCUUACUGCUAUCGUCAAGCGGUUCAGCAAAGGAAUUCAUCAAAGAGCAGGCUGCAGUCGAGGCAGUUUUAGGUUCUAUUCAACCUAAGGCUGAGCAGUUUGAUAGCGCUUCUGUGAAGAUUAGCGCAAGUAAGAAAUUGGAGUUGGAAAGCACUAUGAAAGCUGCACAAGAGGAAACCACAGAAGGGCAAUUAACCCUGAAAAAGGAUGAACUAAGCUUAGCAUCAACUAAAGAAAUUAAAGAAAAAAUCACGCAGCAAGAAGUUCGUUCGACCAAAGCUACCGAAAGCGUCUCAACGGAACAAGCAGUUACCUUAAGUUCAGCUGACCAGAAAGAAGUCUCAGAUGUUCGAGUGACAGCCAAAAAUCUAGCUGAUGCCUGUACAAAAGUUCAGGAAAGCAGUGAGGAACAAGUUCAAGGCUUGUGGCGUACACCAUCCGGAGCUGAAGCUAGUUUCACCCUCAAAGAAAAGGAAAAGUUGGUUGAACACAAAUUGCUCGCAACCAAGGCUUCUGGACAAGAAGAGGUGUCCAUAAGCGAAUUUAGAGAGUUUUCUCAAGAAGAGGCCGCCUUGGGUCUUGUGGCUCAUAGUAUUCAAGCGCCAAGGGAACAAUAUGAAGAAAAGACUACAUCAAUUCGGACGAGUAGUACAGUUCGCGUUGGCGAAAGUAUGAACGCUGCGCGAGAAGAAUUUGCGGAUCAGAGCGCAGUGCUUACAAAAUCGGCGGAUUCCCAAUCCCUCCAAUAUGUUACCAGCCAAAAACAAGAAAUUAUUGGCUUAGCCAGACUAAAAGCAACUGAAGAGCAUCAAACAGAACUAGCGGUAGAUAAGACCAAACAAGAACAAACCGCAACUGAGAGCAAACUCCUUGUAGAUGCGACAAAAGUGGAAAAUGCGCUAAAACUGCAAGAAAGCAAAGAUGAA